UUUGUGUUGGUACAUGUGAGAGGUCGAAAGUGUUUCUCCAACGUGUCUUCCAGAAACUCAGACUGUUUUCCAAAGCAGACGAGUCUCAACCAUCUCCUACGGCGGUGAUGGGAAGUGUGAGAACACACCAGUACAGCAUAGUUUCCUCUGAGGAAGGCGGGAUGAAGCUGUCCCCUAUAGCCAUGCAAAAUGGCUACGGCAAUGGAAAUGUGGGCGGCAAAGUGCACAUGAAGCAGCAAGAACAAACCCGCUUCGUCAACAAGGAUGGACACUGCAAUGUGCAGUUUAUCAACAUGAGUGAAAAAGGUCAGCGCUACCUGGCUGAUAUCUUCACGACGUGCGUUGACAUCCGUUGGCGUUGGAUGAUGGUCCUCUUCUGCCUCUCCUUCCUAUUGUCCUGGCUUCUUUUCGGAGUAAUAUUCUGGUUCAUUGCACUUUCGUCUGGUGACUCUGAGAAUCAAGAGCAGAUAUGCAUUUCGAACGUUGACAGCUUUAUGGCAGCAUUCCUGUUUUCUGUGGAGACACAAACAACUAUUGGUUAUGGCUACCGAUAUGUAACGGAGGACUGCCCCUUUGCUGUCUUCAUGGUGGUUUUCCAGAGCAUCUUGGGAUGCAUCAUUGAUGCCUUUAUCAUUGGUGCGGUCAUGGCUAAGAUGGCCAAGCCUAAGAAAAGAAAUGAAACUCUUUUGUUUAGUCACUAUGCCACAAUAGCUAUGAGAGAUGGUAAACUGUGUCUUAUGUGGAGAGUCGGGAACCUCCGGAAAAGCCACCUGGUGGAAGCUCACGUUCGCGCCCAGUUGCUCAAAUCCCGCACCACCGCUGAAGGCGAGUUCAUCCCGGUGGAUCAGAUAGACAUUGAUGUCGGAUUCGACACUGGUAUUGACCGCAUAUUUUUAGUGUCUCCUAUCACCAUUGUGCAUGAGAUUGAUGAGGAAAGUCCUUUGUUUGAUAUGAGCAAACAGGAACUGGAAAGUUCGGGGCUGGAGAUAGUGGUGAUUUUGGAGGGCAUGGUGGAAGCUACGUCUAUGACCACUCAGUGUCGUAGCUCUUACGUGACGAGCGAAAUCCUGUGGGGCCAUCGCUUUGAGACAGUCCUUUUUGAGGAGAAAAACCAUUACAAGGUGGACUACUCACGCUUUGAGAACACCUACGAGGUUCUCAGCACACCUCAAUGCAGCGCUCGAGAUUUGGCCAAAAAAAAGUACAUCAGGUCUAGCUCCAACUCUUUUUGUUAUGAGAAUGAAGUAGCAUUCAUGGAUAAAGAGGAAACGGAGGAUGACAAUGAUGAUGAUGAUGAUGAAGACCAGAAAAAUAUCAGAAGGGACAGUGUGGCCUUGGAAGGAUCCAAUACUGAUGAUGACAAAAGCACAGAUUCCAGUCAGGAUACUUUACCGUUACAACUCAAACUUUUAAGACUACAACCUGAGUUAUGACUGCUUUAAAAAUAAUGCAUGGUAUAUGGUGUACAGCAUAAGAAAAUGUAUUUUGCGGCUGUUUUUGGGAGCAAUAUUUUGCCAGUGGUUUGAGAGGAACACAAGUUUGGGUUGUAGAUGUCUUGUAACUUUUACUUGCGCUUGUUAUCUAAGAAGACAAACAUUAACUUUCAAACUACUCCGACAGUCUACAUGCAAUCAGUUUAUAAUAUAUACAAGAAUAUUAUUAUUAUUAUUUAUUUUUAUUUUUUUUUUCAAACUUUGAUUCCAUCCAGUCAGAGGACAUCAAACAUGUUUAAUAUUUUGAGACGAUUUUAAAACAUAUUGAGUUCAUUUAGUACGGGUAGAGCUAGUUUUCUAUGCACCAUCUCAGAUGCUUUUUCCAUUAAACAUACAUUUGGCCAAAAUAAAGUAGGCUCCCUUGGGUUGUAGCAUAAUGUUGCUACCUACAUACUUUGCAGAUAGCUUUCACGGAAGCCAGUCUUUGAUACUGUCUAUAUGUAGCUCAAUGGGUUUUGGAGCAGAGCUUUAAUUUAAAAAAUGGCAAAGAUUUUGCAGGACAGACAGUUUUGUCUGAUUGUCCCUGCACACAGGCUACUAGCAGCAUGUUCAGGAUAAUACCUUGUGCAAAAGCCAUGAUGAAAUCAUGUCUUUAAAAGCAGAGAUGGUAUAAUGAAGGUUAGUGAAAAUGAGAACCAAAUGUUUCCUUUUGAUCUGGUCCAUUCCAUUAAAUCUACAACUGAGGGACAUUUUGAACAUUUAAAACUCACUGCAACGUCAUGAUUUAAGAUAAAUGAGUGAAACACAUGGUUAGAAACCUAACCUGCAUAUUACACUUGAAAAAAAAAACAGGUAUUUUUAUGGUGGCAGGUUAUGCCUAUGUGAAACACUGUAUGUUCACAAAAAGUUUGAAAACCUGUUAAUGAGCUGGUCUCCUAACAACAUGGUAUUUAUCUCCACUUUCUAUAAAGGCUGUUCUGUAUAAAACACAAUAAUGCUGAUAUACAGUACAUAAUUGACUUGUGUUGGUUAUUACAUUAUAAUAUCAGUAUUGAAGAUUACCCAUACAUUUUUAGUGAGACUAAGUGUUAAUGCUAAUCUAGGGCACUUAAUGUUUUCAUGUAGUGAAAGUACCAUAAAACACCUCAGUCCAUGUGCUGCAUCUUCUGUGAUCUGUCAAAAAUACACUUAACAUCUCAGGGUUUGGAUGAAAUCUGGCAUUCAUACAACAUAAACAAUCAAAGAGUUGUAAAUAUACACACUGUACGAAGCAAAUCUUUGAAUAAUAUGUAAAGAAUGUCAUGUUCAUAGCAGUAUAUGUGCUUUCGAUGUGCAAUAGAGCUUCAGUGACUGAAGACAUGAAAGUUAAUGUUUAUGAAUGAAGAAAUUAAUGUUACUUAUCUGAUGCUGAAAGGUAAAUGUUGAUAAAAGGUUAAAAAUACUAUUUUGUUUUGUAUGACGAUGUGUUACAACCAAAGCAAUAAUGACUUGAAUUGCUGGAAGGUUUUAAAAACCAGAAAAAUUAGGGAAGCAUUAUCUAAUAUAAGUUUUUUUAUAUAUAAAACUGUGACAGUAGCUAUCACAAUAAAACUUA